UUGCAGAGGACUGGCCCUUUGGCGUGGAAAUGUGCAAAUUAGUGCCCUUCAUUCAAAAGGCAUCAGUGGGCAUCACAGUGUUGAGUUUGUGUGCCCUCAGUAUAGAUAGGUACCGAGCAGUUGCUUCUUGGAGUCGCAUUAAAGGAAUUGGCGUGCCAAAGUGGACCGCUGUUGAAAUUGUACUGAUCUGGGUUAUAUCGGUGAUAUUGGCUGUUCCAGAAGCUAUUGCAUUUGACAUGAUUACGAUGGAGUACAGAGGAAAGGAUCUCAGAAUCUGCCUGCUUCACCCCACGCAGAAAACAUCCUUUAUGAUGUUUUACAAGCAAGCCAAAGACUGGUGGCUGUUUAGCUUUUACUUCUGUUUGCCGCUGGCUAUCACGGCACUUUUCUAUACUCUCAUGACCUGUGAGAUGUUACGAAAGAAAAGUGGGAUGCAGAUUGCUUUAAAUGACCACUUGAAACAGAGACGGGAGGUGGCCAAAACUGUGUUCUGUCUGGUACUUGUUUUUGCCUUGUGUUGGCUUCCACUUCACUUAAGCAGAAUAUUGAAACUCACUAUUUAUGAUCAGAAGGACCCCAACAGAUGUGAACUUCUAAGCUUUUUUCUAGUGAUGGAUUACAUUGGUAUUAACAUGGCUUCCCUGAAUUCCUGCAUCAAUCCAAUAGCUCUAUAUUUGGUGAGCAAAAGAUUCCAAAACUGCUUUAAGUCAUGCUUGUGUUGCUGGUGCCAAUCCAAAGAUCUGUUGUCCCUGGAGGAAAGGCAGUCCUGUUUAAAGUUCAAAGCUAAUGAUCACGGAUAUGACAAUUUCCGCUCCAGUAACAAGUACAGCUCUUCGUAAAACAAGCAUAAAAGGUAUAUUCUGUCACAUUAAUGCUGGUGCCUUUUUAAGUAAAAGUGGCAAUUACUUUUAACAAGAUGGUAACGUUUAGAAAAAUUUAGGGUUUUGUUUGCACAAAAAAAGAGCAUAAAAAAAAAAAAUUGCUCCAAAAGUGUGUCAUGUUCAAAAUCAUGGACACUUAUAAAAUCGUCAUUUAUGGAACAUGAAGAGAAGCGUAGAAAGAACAAGUCAUUGUUAGCACUUGAAUACUUCUGAAUCAGCACUUCCAAAUGAUCCCCACUUCCUGUACACUAAGCUAUUGUUUGUAUUCACUAGAACAGUGGUAGGAACUGAAGUCACAGUAAUUACUAAGCAGUAUAAUAUAAUGUUAAUUGGAUCAAAGCCAUUAUUAUAUAUAACUCAACAUAUUAUCUUUUAUAAAGCAGAUUAACCACCAUCACUAUUGUGUUUUUUUUUAAAUAAAACAUGAAAUACUUUGUAAUAGAAGUUUAAAUGUAAAAAAGUAGCAUUUUUGUCGGGUGUUAUAGAGGUAGCUAAUGAAUAUAUUAAAAGAUGCAGUCAAGUCGAA